GGUAUUGUAUCUGUUCCACGCAUCACUAGCGAUGACAACCAGCUAGGACACAGUAACAUCUAUACGUCGUUGUGCUAACAUUGGCAGAGUAUAUAUACCAAAUAGGUAAAUUAUUAUUACAAGUAUGAGUGAAUAAUUUGCAUUUAUUUUCCAUUUCCAUUUGAUCCAAACGUAGUUUAGUAGUUGUUAAUAAAUUGUUGUUGUUGUAAAUUAAAGUCUAACAACUUUAAUAUGUUUAUUCUUACGUGCUCACAAUUGCUGAUGAUUAUUUUUCACGUUACCAGUGGCUAUAACUACACGACUAAUUACAUCACUGUACCGGUUGAUCAUUUUAGUUACACCAAUGAUGAUACAUUCGAAUUAAAGUAUCUUAUUAAUGACAAAUAUUGGGAUGUUAAUAAAGGUCCAAUAUUUUUUUAUACUGGUAACGAAGGAAGAAUUGAAGAUUUUUGCGAUAAUACUGGCUUUAUGUGGGAAAUAUCAAGAGAAUUCAAGGCAUUGGUAGUGUUCGCCGAGCACCGUUACUAUGGCGAGUCCAUGCCCUACGGAGUGAAUUCGUUCGAUGACAAAGAGAAGUUGGGCUAUCUGACUUCCCAGCAAGCGAUAGCUGACUUCGUAGACCUCAUAAAGUAUCUGCGUGACGACGCACUAAGUGUUGGCAGACGACCCAAUCCGGUAUUCGCUUUCGGCGGCUCGUACGGAGGAAUGUUGGCCGCUUGGUUCCGCAUCAAGUAUCCUGCCUAUGUCGAAGGAGCUAUAGCUUCGUCAGCUCCGAUAUGGCAAUUUACUGGGAUGACACCGUGCAAUGAUUUCUACAAAGUGACGUCGUCGGUUUACAGAAAUGCCAGUGCCGAAUGUGGAUUGACUAUUUCAGCAUCUUGGAAAGCCAUCAAUAACGUCACAGAAUCUGAUUCUGGGAAAACGUGGUUAACGGACAACUGGAAACUAUGUAAACCAUUAAAGGACUCCGACGACGUGGCACGACUAAAAUAUUGGGCUACUGAUUUGUAUGUGGCCCUGGCCAUGGUUAACUAUCCUUACGAGGCUAAUUUUCUGGGUCCUUUGCCGGCGAAUCCUAUCAAGGAAGUCUGCAAGUCGAUGACGAAUCACACGGAAGACGACAAGACGCUGUUGAUGUCGGUGUUUCACGGGCUGAGCGUGUAUUUCAAUUACACCGGAUCGGCAAGCUGUUUGAAUCUGUCGUCGGCGUUCUCGGAUAAUACGAUGAACGGAUGGGAUUAUCAGGCUUGUACAGAAAUGAUAAUGCCAUUAUGUACUAACGGUGGCGAGGACGAUAUAUUCGAAGCCUACCCGUGGGAUUUCAAAAGCUACGCGGAGUAUUGCGAAAAUCGAUACGACGUCAUACCGACCACAGAUGACGUCGAAAAACAGUACGGAGGCAAAAAUCUCAAAGCUGCGUCCAACAUCAUAUUCAGCAAUGGUUUAUUGGACCCAUGGUCCGGUGGCGGCGUGUUGAAGAGUAUCUCGUCGUCCGUCAGGGCGUUAUUGAUACCAGAUGGAGCGCAUCACUUGGAUUUGAGGGCGUCAAAUCCCAACGACACGUCAUCCGUGAUCCACGCAAGGAAAACCAUUAAACACUGGAUCACAAAAUGGAUUUUCGAUUACAGAUAUCGGAAGUAAACAGACGACUAUUGCUUCACACUUCACAGUUAAUCAUUCCAUGUCAAAUACAUGUGUGUUUCGUACACACUUGAAUAUUAUUAUCUAAAAUUAUAUCCUUAAAAAAAUUAUUUUAUAUUGCACACAUAUUAAUAUAUAAUAGAGUUAUACACUGUCGUUAAAAGUUUUCAAAUAUAACCUAACCUAACCUAUAUAUUAUUAUUACUGUUGUUGAAAGUCUUAUAAAUAAUAAACUUUUGUUUUGUUUAUAUAAUAUAA